AUGAUGACCCCUAUGCGAUAUGUGGUUCUUGUGCUGGGCAUAAUAAUCAGUUUGCACUUUAUCCUCAGCUUCACCCACGAAUCCUAUGGCCGCGUUACUGGAAUCGACCACAUCAAGGACAGGAUCUCAGGAGCCGUAAACCGUCCCCAGGGCCCCCCGUACAAGCAGGGCGUCCCUGACGAGUACUACAUCAAGCAGAACAUCACCUCACCACAAGGCCGCAAAGCCAAUGCGGUCGUCGUUAUACUCGCUCGCAAUGGCGACAUCAACGGCGUUGUCUACACUAUGAAGCAAUUCGAAGACAGAUUCAAUAAAAAGUUUGGUUACCCCUACGUCUUCCUAAAUGACGCUCCAUUCGACGACAACUUUAAAAAACGUGUCUCGGAGCUCACAGACGCCAAAGUCGAGUUUGGUCUUAUCCCUAAAGACCAUUGGAACCAGCCUGAUUGGAUCGACGAAGAGAAGGCUACCAAGGCGCGAGAGGCCAUGGCCAAGGCAAACGUCAUCUAUGGAGGUACAUAUAACCCACCAUCGACACUUUACAAAAUACUAACAGCUCAUUCAGGAAGUCUUCCUUCUUCUACCGUCACGAAUUGCUCAAGCCAUACAAGUAUUACUGGAGAGUCGAGUGAGUACCGCGAACCCCCCGACUUUCCAUCGAAGCUGACCCUGUCCAAAAGACCCGAUGUCAAGUUCUUCUGUGACCUCGACUACGAUCCAUUCCUCAUCAUGCAAGAUCAGAAGAAGAAAUAUGGCUUCACGAUCUCGCUCUACGAGUACGAAGCUACUAUUCCAACGCUCUGGAAGACUGUCCGCGACUUUAUGAAGAAGCAUCCGGAAUACAUCGCAGAGGAUAACGCCUUGUCGUUCAUCUCAGACGAUGCAGGCAAGACGUACAACCGGUGCCAUUUCUGGAGCAACUUUGAGAUCGCAGACCUCGACUUGUGGAGAGGAGAAGCCUACUCCAAGUUCUUCGACUUCCUAGACCGAGCUGGUGGAUUCUACUACGAGCGAUGGGGAGAUGCCCCAGUCCACAGCAUUGGAGCCGCUCUGUUCGCCAAGAAAGAUGAAAUCCAUUUCUUCAAUGACAUUGGCUACCGCCACGAGCCCUUCCAGCACUGCCCUCAAGGUGCUUCCCACAAGAAGGGCAAAUGCUGGUGUGAUGAGAACGACAACUUUGAUUACGAAUGGUACUCGUGCCUCAACCGAUACGAUAGGAUGUUCAACUAG